AUGAAGCUGGAUGAUUCCUGGGAGCUCUAUCGGAAACGGAAAACCGAGGAGUAUGAAAAGAAAGUAACCAACUACAAGGCCAAUUUAGAAAGGAAGCUAAUAGAAGAAAAAAACAGCAUAGAAGCGGAUUAUACCAACAAUGUUCGGAAGCUCACUGAGGAGGUUGAGGCGGUGCUAAAAUUAGAGACAGAACGUAUACGCCAUUCCUUGAACGAGAAGUACGAAAAAGAAAAACAUAGUAUUGAAAGGGCCUGGCAAGAAAAAUUAGAGGAUUUGAGAAAGAGCAAGGCUCUGGAGUUAGACAUACUGCGUUAUUCAAACACUCAAACUCUGGCGGAAUUGAAACAAAACAAAGAUGAACUUUGGGAAAAUGUUUCAAGUUUCAUUGAAACGUAUAAAAGAGCCCAAUACAAAUUUCUUGACGAGUUAACAAAUACUAGCGCAAGUUUCUCAAAACUCAGUGAAAUGACGCUAUCUAAACUGAUAGGCACUGCCAAGGAAUCAUACAAUAAUGAACUAGAUAUCAUCAAAGAUUCGUUUCAAUCAGAAGUAGAAGACAUGAGACGAAGUUUUUUGGGAGAACUUGUUUUGUAUCAAAGGAAACACAAAUUGCUAUUACAAGAAAAAGAAAAAUACGAGAAGGAACUUGAGGCGUUGACAAAUAAACGAAAUGGACUAUCGGACAAUGCAACUUCGAAGCAUUCUGUAACUUCUGCAGUGCAGUGGCAAAAACAAGAUUACCAACAAUGCCCCAGGAUAGAGGGACGAAUAGAGGAAGGAGAAGUUCUUGUUCCGGAAAGUAAGGGAGGGAGUGUUCAAGUUGAAGAAGAUACAGUGGAAGUUCGGUCGGAUAAGGAGUUAUUUGAGUCUAUCGUUGCGCAUAUGAAGGAGGUUCAAAGAAAAGAACUAGAGGAUGUUAAGAGAGACCUCAAGCAACGCGCGGAAGAGGAGCUGAAAGCAACAUUGGAUGAGGUUUGGCGGGAAAGACGCCAUCUACGUUUUGAACCUUCACCGGAAGACAAGGAGGAUAUGAUUUCCCUUCAAGGAAAUGGUAAGGUUUCUCCCGAGGCGAAGUCGGAGGAAAAGGAAUCGGAAAAGGAGCGGCUAAACAUUGUUUUACAAGAUAACAUGCAGAAGGACAGCCUCACUGCUGUCCUCACAGAGGCGCUUCGCAACGUGUUUGCUGGUUCGCCGUUUAUUUUUUCUGCUCCGACGUCUGGAAGUGCUGCCGCUGCGGUUUCGACUUGUACUCCUAUUGCUGGAGCCGCGCAAUGGGCCAACGAGAAACCAUUCUGCUAUACAGCGCGUGCAUCGAUUCCACCUGGAACAGAAGUAAAGAAAAUAAAUACACAAAAAGACACUGAUGGACUUCCUGUCUCGUUCCAGGAACAAAAAUUGCUUCUUGCAGGAGAGCACCAACGAGUUGCUGAAGGGAAAAGGUUUGUGGAGAUUCAGCGCCUGAGUUUGGAGGAACGCCGACGCCAACUUAAAAUGGCUAAACACAAAUGGAAGCAAGAUGUGAGGGCUGCGAAGGAAGAAGGUAUUCGGGCUUCUUCCAAACGAGGACAAUUACUCAACAAAAUUCGUCUUUCCCUGGAGAAUCAAGCAAGGGGUCUUGAACACGAUGAGGUCAUUCUUCGCGAUAGCGAGCGCUGGCUGCUGAUGAAGGAGCAAAGUGUACAGCAAAUGGAGAUGCAGAUCAAGGAAUUAGAAGAAGGGAAGGGACGGGAUACAUCCAUAAACAGCGUUGAUACUGUGGCUCUUAUGACCGAAUUUUUUAAACCAACGGUUACAUCCUCUGAGUUCUAUCCACAAAAUCACGAUGAUCUACAAGGUGUUGUACGAAAAAAGGAUUUGGAUCCAAUUUAUACCAAAACCCUGGGCAGAAUUGCAAGACGUUUGGAGGAAGUUACUUCAAUGAUGAACAUUCAGCAAAAAAAGUGGAAUUUUUCUUCACCCUAUGAAAACCUGCCUCGACGAAGACCUAUAGAAAAAAUAAGGAAGGGAGCGGAGUUGCCUCUCAGCGAGAAUCUGGCAUUCUGA